CUCCGGAAGGACUCGCCCCGUCCACGAUCCACGCUUCAGUGAGGAUCGCUCUGGGAACGCCGCGAGGCUUCACGCCUUAUACCCUUGCAGCGCAGCCGGGCGGCGUGGGUUAUAAGAAGCCACUGAGGCGCUCUAAAACAGACACCCACACACUUCCUCUCUCGGCUGCCAGACGGCCCGCCGCAGCCAAUCAAAACUACAGUUUCUGAGCCGCCUCGCAUGCCUGUGACGUCAACGAGAAUGAGCCGCCGCUCCUUUCCGCGCUGUGGCGCCUCUAUCCUGCCAGAGGGCGACUCCUCUCGGUGGUCUUAACCCAUCAAUUCUGAGCGGGCCGCGCUGCGUUUCCAAGGCCAAGGAAAGGAGGCGCCGCGCUGGUGCCUGGACGGCGGGAACCGGCUCCGGAGCGAGAACGCGCGUGAGAGAGCCCGAGAGAGACAGAGCGAGCGAGCGCGCGGGAGAAAUUGAGAGCGAGUGGGGGGGGCGGGUGGGAGAGAGACAUCCAUAGAGACAGAGCGAAAGGCCGAGAUCUAGGCUGCCCCUAGCACAGGCCGGCGUGUCUUGGGACUCGAAUCCCUGGGUUGGGCCGACCGAGGAGCGGGGCUUUCGGAGGAAGCGGGUGGUUUUCGCCGCCGCCCUUAGCUCCUCACUGUAGGAAUGCAGUCUAGGGGUGGCGUUGUUCUCUUUCCCUGCUUGGGGGGUGGCCUUUUUCAGCGGAGAAAGAGGAUGCCGAGACUUCCCGCGGGCGUUUGUAGCCGGCGGGACUACACUUGGGCUGUAAUCAUUGUUCAACAGGUUUAGAAAUCACCGUGUUCUUGGCAUCAUCUCCUUCCCCACCUCCUCUCCCGCCGCACAGCAGGAAACACCGCGACUGGAGGGUUUUCAAGGAAGACUGCGUUGCCCCUUUUGAAGCAAACCGUCCUGCAAACCCUUUCUAGGACGUGCGACAGAGGGAGGGUCGUGAUGUGACAUAUGAGAUGUGCGUUUGAUGGGCACUGUGAUUCCUGCAUUCCCGCGCAGUGAAUGGCCCAGGCCAUUUGUGUCCAGUAGCCGCACAAGCGGUAGGGUGUUAGGUUUAGAGAAGGAGGGCCUCUCCGCCCUCCACCUUGCUGGAGUACAGGCCACCAUGGGCGGUAGCCCUCUGUGCCAUCAGAAAUGUGGUGCUCUGAGUAGUCAUGGAUUUCCAGCUGCAUCUCCAAUGCCAUUUCCCUCUACUGACAUAUCCCCGUUGGGUGAAGGUGUAGCAGUCACUCGACCUGCACCCACAGCAUCGACCCUGUGAACCCAGCGACCUGACUGCCUUGGUCGAGUCUAGUCUGGGUUCUGCCUGCACACAUUCCUCGCUACCUUCUUGGUGUCUGAGAACCUCCAGCUUCACCACCCUUUCUAGACCCAGGGGCCUGGUGGAGCUUCCAGCUGGGACCAGACCUCCAUGGAUCCACUCCAGAAACAGAAUCCAGCAUCGCCUUCUAAAUCUUUCCCGAUGACAGCUGCAGAGACUUCCCGGGAAGGCCCAGCGCCCUCGCAGCCUUCGUACUCGGAGCAGCUGAUGAUGGGCCUCAGUAACCUGAGCCGCGGUCCUGGCCUCAUUAACCUGAGCCCCGGUCCUGGCCUCAGUAACCUGAGCCCCGGUCGUGGCCUCAGUAACCUGAGCCCCGGUCUUGGCCUCAGUAACCUGAGCCCCGGUCCUGGCCUCAGUAACCUGAGCCCCGGUCCUGGCCUCAGUAACCUGAGCCUGGGCCCUGGCCCCAGCAACCUGAGCCCCGGCCCUGGCCCCAGCCACUCUGCGCCUCUCCCCGAGGGGCUGCUCCAGCAGCGGUACAGAGAGGAGAAGACGCUGGAAGAGCAGCGGUGGGAGAGGCUGGAGUUCCUUCAGAGGAAGAAAGCAUUCCUGAGGCACGUGAGGAGGAGACACCGCGAUCACAUGGCCCCCUAUGCUGUUGGGAGGGAAGCCAGAAUCUCCCCGUUAGGUGACAGAGGACAGAAUCGAUUCCGAUGUGAAUGUCGAUACUGCCAGAGCCACAGGCCGAAUCUUUCUGGGAUCCCUGGGGAGAGGAACAGGGCCCCACUUCCUUCCUCCUGGGAGACGCUGGUGCAGGGCCUCAGUGGCUUGACCCUCAACCUAGGUACCAACCAGCCCGGGCCUCUGCCUGAAGCGGCGCUCCAACCGCAGGAGGCAGAGGAGAAGCGCCAGCGAGAGAGGCAGCAGGAGAGCAAGAUAAUGUUUCAGAGGCUGCUCAAGCAGUGGUUAGAGGAGAACUGAGACGCGCACCCACCUGGGAUGGAGACCCGAAGGGACUCAGACGGAGCCCGCGUGUUGGCAGCGGCCGGGCGUGGGACCGUUUUGGGGACGAAACAGCAAGCUGCGGUCGGAUGAGUGCCAGGACCCGUUUACGGGAACACGCGGGAAUCCUCCCAGCAUGACGCUUGACCGACCGCAGGAAGGUCCUCAUCUUUGGUGCCUGCCAUUCUCGGAUGGCCGCGAGGCAUCCUGUGGCAAGGGACGCUGCGUACCAGCGGUCCCCGCCGCGUCUAACCUGCCUCCCGUGAUGCAUGUUGUCGCCCUCCCACCCUGGAUCUCCGUCUCUCUUCCCUUCCUGCUGACCGUAAGAGAUCACAUGUCAGUGUAGUGUGAAUGCCUUGUCGCCGUCCUAUAUGCUUUUGCACCACUGAGUUGACUGCCUCCGAGAAGCAGCACUAGGCCUGCUGAAAUGCAGUGCGCUGCCCUGAGAUCCAGUUUCAAGAACGGGCAGCUAAACACAGUGUGGGAAAGGGAUGUGCAAUGAGAACUUGCUGGUCCGCCGCUGUACUGUUUGCGUAAACUUUUAUGUAUGUGGUAAGCUACGUGUAUAUAAAUGUCACCCUGCCCCUGACAGUCGAGCAGUAUUCUCCCUUGCAGGAAUUUCUGAUGGGGUUCCUCAUCACCAAUACCAAAUAAAUAUAUGUAGGAAUGGAAAA